AAAUAUAGAGAACGAUAGAUAAAACCGAUAAGACUGUAGGAUUGGUUAGGAUGAUGUAGGUGUGAGAAGUUAAAACGUCCAACAAAACGAACACAAAUAUGCAGAUAUGUAAAAAGUAUAAAAUAAGAUACCUGUAUAGAACGAAACUGAAAGUGACUGUCCUAAUUGUAAUUUUAAUUGGUACUUUCCUACUGAUUUGUCAAAUGAAAUCCUUAGAGUUCCUAGGUGAUGAAUCAAUGGAUUAUAGUGGUUAUGGUAAAGUGCAGAAAGAAAGAAACAUUCAUUUGAAGGGAAUACGCCCAAGUGAUAUUGAGAGAUAUAUACCGAAUGAACAGGGAAAUUUUAUUUGCUUCCAUACCAGGGAAGAAAUUGACUUUUCCAGAGUAAAUGACGACUACUGUGAUUGCUUUUUUGAUGGUAGUGACGAACCAGGAACAAGCGCUUGUAUAAAUGGAAGAUUUUAUUGUGAUAGACAAAAGAAUGGAUUUUCAGAAUUUGUUCCAUCAAGUCAGGUCAAUGAUGGAGUUUGUGACUGCUGUGAUGGUUCAGAUGAAUGGGCUAAAAUCCGUCACCCCUUCAGGUUGGAGGAAUCUGUGCAGAAGAAACUGGGAAGAUAUCAGUCACCUUGUCCUAACCUAUGUGCUAAGUAGAAUUAGCUGUGAUUGUUUUGGCACAGAUAAAUUACAAGGUGAAUAUUACACAUUCAACAAGAGCUUCCUCCUCAGAUGCUCAUUCUUGAAAAGGUUGCAAGUUUGUCUGUUGUGCAGUUUUGUAAUAUAAGGCAUCUCAAAUUCUGCAAAUUGUGUUAAAACUGUAAAGAAAAUAUUUCUGAGACAGGUUGAGAUCCUGAAAUGUAUUGCUUAUAGAUAUUGCUUCCAGCAUAGAAACUGACUAUCACAAAUAAGCUCAUGUAAAAGUAACAUCAAGCACUGCAUCCUGUAUACAAUCUGGAGCUGGAACAACAACGAUUAAUAUAAAAGUACUUCAGAAAACAAUCUAGCAGCUUUCAGCCUAUUGCAUAAUUCUCUUUCAAGCUAGCCUUUUUUAAUUUUUUGUUCCUGACUGACACAGUUAAAUAUCAAGUAGCAUGAAAUAAUAAUGUUGGAGACAAAUAAUAAUAAAAGUUCAUGGCUGUUA